ACUGAUUCCUCCACCACUAAUUAUCUAUUACUUUUUUUUAGUGUUUCCUGAGAUGGGACCUCUUUUAGGUUAGAUUCUGAAGUAGACCGUGCAGAUCUAUGGAAGAUGGUUGAUCGGAAGCUGCUGGUGUUGUUUGGUAGUCAGACUGGCACAGCACAGGAUGUGGCUGAGCGGAUCGGGAGGGAAGGAGUACGGCGACACUUCAAAUGCAGAGUGAUGCCGUUGGAUAGUUACACAAUUGCUGACCUGAUCCAGGAGCCCUUGGUGGUGUUUGUGUGCUCCACCACAGGUCAGGGUGAACCUCCAGACAACAUGAAGAAAUUUUGGCGAUUUAUCUUUCGAAGGAACCUUCCUGCAAACUCCCUUUCCCUGAUGGAUGGUGCUGUCCUGGGUCUUGGAGAUUCCUCCUAUCCAAAGUUUAACUUUGUUGCCAAGAAGCUGAGUAAGCGUUUGAUUCAGCUGGGAUGCAAUGAACUGCUGCCUGUGGGAUUGGGCGAUGACCAGCAUGACCUGGGACCUGAUGCUGUAAUUGAUCCCUGGUUAAAGCAGUUCUGGGAGCAAGCCUUGAAUCUCUACCCUCUGCCACCAGGGUUAAACGUGCUUGGUGAUGAUGUCAUAUUGCCAUCGAAAUACAGCUUUCAGUUUGAGGAUGAUGCAACCAGUGGUGUCUCAGUGGAACCAUAUGACAAAAACACACAAGCUAAAUUCCCACCCUCUCAGCUCCACCCAUUUCCUGCUCAGAUGGUCUCAAACGAAAGGGUCACAGAUGAAAACCACUUCCAGGAUGUUCGGCUCAUCACCUUCGAUAUCACUGGCUCUGGCAUUGAAUACUCUGCAGGAGACGUGGCCAUGAUUGAACCUCGAAACUCACCAGAAAGUGUUGAGCAGUUCUGUCAGCUCCUUCGACUCGACCCAAACAAAACAUUUCUACUGAAGCCCAGCGAUUCAGCAAUCCCACUUCCUGCACGAUUGCCACAGCCCUGUACUGUCAAGUACCUGCUGGAGCGUUACCUGGAUAUUAACUGCGUCCCACGACGUUCCUUCUUUGAUCUCUUGUCAUACUUUUCUCCUGAUGAGAUGGAGCGGGAAAAACUAAAGGAAUUCAGCUCAGCUGAGGGCCAGGACGAGUUGUAUAGCUACUGCAACAGGCUUCGCAGGACCACCUUGGAGAUACUGUAUGACUUUCCUCAUACCACCUCAGCCAUUCCAGCCGACUAUCUCUUUGACCUCAUUCCUGAAAUUCGACCUCGGGCAUUCUCCAUUGCUUCUUCGCAGCUGGCUUAUCCCAGUCAGAUUCAGAUUCUGAUGGCUGUUGUUCGGUACAGGACCAAGUUGAAGAAGCCUCGUUGUGGCCUUUGUUCCAGUUGGCUAGGAUCCCAGAAUCCACAGCAGAGUGCUGUUUAUGUGCCAUUAUGGGUGAAGAAGGGGAUGCUGCAAUUUCCCACAGAUACCAAAACCCCCAUAAUUAUGGUUGGACCUGGCACAGGAGUGGCGCCAUUCCGAGCAGUAAUCCAGGAACGUGUUGUGGAAGGAAAGAAAGGUAAUUACCUAUUUUUUGGCUGCCGAGGGAAGUCCAAGGAUUUCUUCUGCCGAGCAGAGUGGGAGGAGCUGAACCAGAAGGGCUUACUGACCCUAAUCACAGCCUUCUCCCGGGACCAGGAGGAUAAGAUCUAUGUCCAACACCGGAUAAAGGAGAAUGGAUCUCUGAUCUGGAAGCUUAUUCAGAAUGAACAGGCAUAUUUCUACAUAGCGGGAAACGCUAAGAUGAUGCCAACACAGGUCACAGAUUCCCUAAUGUCUAUUUUCCAGUCGGAAGGUGGCCUCUCAGAACCUGAGUCUGAGCAGCUUCUCGUGGAACUGGAACGAUGUGGCCGAUUCCAGACAGAGACCUGGUCCUGACCAUCUCAGGAAGUAGCGGGUACAACCAGCAAUGUGCCACUUAGACCAAGCUUGGAGUCCAAGCAACACAUUCUGUCCUCCUGAAAUAAGGCGACAGUGAGUGCAGUCCGAUUGCAUCGAUUGUAACUCUGAGUUGGUUCCCAAACUUAACCACCAACCCCUCUCCACCCCCCAUUCUCUCUGUCACUAAGGAACUGAAAAGAAAGUGAUUGUAUUGUGUUGUAAUUUAUCAUUCACAAGAUUGUUUCAGAAAUCACUGAUUACUCACUCAACUAUAAGGAUUCUGAAGGUUCCAAAUAAAAUGGAGAUAUAUACCACUGGACUGGAGAUUGAAUAACCUUGUUUGUAAUAUUAAUACUGAUCGUGAUGGUAAACUUGAAGGCCACAUCUUCAAGAAGCUCCUCCAUAUUUCUGCUAAUGGAACGCAAGAUGUUCAGGGAAAGCUUCCAAAUGGACUGUGGCUUAGCUGUGAUAUUUGUCGCUGACACAGCUUCCACAUUGGAGGCUGGAGAUGCAGAGCAAUGAAAAGCUGGAGCUGUGAACCUUGUGUUUGUUCCUGGAAGUGCACACUCCUUAUCUCCUCCCAUUUCAGGCUACCCUCACCCCACCCUCAACCAAAGUCAAACAUUGCUCACUUUCUUCAAGCAGCUACAACAGUGACACACUGUUCCAGAGCCAGCAAGCUGCUCUACCCCAGCUGAACCGUCUUCAGUGUAAAAUCCCUGUAUUGGAGAAGGGAAAAGACUGAGCAACUGGAGAAUAUCACCAUCCCGAGGUGACUGGCUCAAAGACAGCCUGGACGCUGAGCUGGUGACUAGGUUAAUGGCUGCUCUUAGAGAUCAGAAGACCAUGAUAACUGAAUACUGGAUCAAUACAAUACAAUAGAAAGCAAGAAUAAGCUAGCCAGUAAUGACACACCAGCAAAUAGGAAGACGAAGGUACAAUUGAACCUAAAGAAAGGGAUACACACUGGGUACACAGAUACUAAAGACAUUGAUAACUAAAGGGAAUAUGAAAAGAUUAGGCAGUAAGUUCAAAAGAAAGCCAAGAAGAAACUACAAAACUAAAUUAAUGAGGAAUAUAAAAAAAACUAAGAUAUUCUUAAAAAAAAACAAAUAACAAGUAAAAUCACGAUGAGGAUAUAGGACACACAUGAGAAACUCUUAAAUAAUGAUAAAAUAGCAGGAAGAAUUAAUUAUGGAUGUUACAGUCAUAGGGUCAUACAGUGUGGAAACAGACCCUUCAGUCCAACAAGUCCACACCAACAAUGUUCCCAAGCCAAACUAGUCCCACUUGCCUAUAUUUGGUCCAUAACCCUCCAAACCUUUCCUAUUCAUUUACUUAUCCAAAUGUCUUUUAAAUAUUGUAACUAUACUUGCAGCUACCAUUUCCUGUAGCAGUUCACAGACAAAUUAUUUUGUGUAAAAAAAAUAUUGCCUCUCGUGUCCUUUUCACAGCUUUCUCCUCUCAUCUUAAAAAUAUGUCCCCUAAUUUUGAAAUCCCCCCACUGCACAGAAAAGACCCUUGCUAUAAAGGUCCCAGCCUAUCCAGCCUCUCCUUCUAACUCAAACCCCUGAUAACGAAUAAUGACAUUUGGUGUUUACAGAGUUGACAGGCAUGACAUUAGAAUUUAAAAAAACGUAAAAUAAUCCAAAAGGAAAAAUCAACAAACAAUGGAAAACCAUUGCCUAAGAAAAGAAACAUGCUGUCAAAGGAUUUUUGUGUUGCAUUCAGGAGAGAUAGAAGAAUACCUCAUCUCAAAGGGAACAACAAUUUAUACUGUAUGAGAAGAGGAUACUUGUGAAAGGAUUGGUAACUGGACUCUUGUUGGCUGAGGUGUUGCCAUGGAGAGUGCAGUUAUUAAAUUGGGGAUAUUGUUGACCCCAAGGUUUAUUUAAAUUCAAAACAUUCAAGUUGAUUCUGAUUGGUUGAGGCCGUCGGGAAAUGUACAAGGGCACAGUUGCCUCUCAGGCUUUUGUUCAAUUGAAUGCCUGAACUUGUUAUUUUUGUUUGCAGAGGAGAGGACAGUGUGUUUGAAUAAAUAUAGUAGCUAACAUGUGGAAUUGAGUUGUUCUGUGAACCAAAACUGAUUAUCUUAAUUUGGCUGUUAGUGUAAUUCUGAGUGCAUUUGGGAUUGUUGGGUAAGUGAUGUUCAGACAUGGAAUUACACCUGAUGAAAGACUCCAUGUUCUUAGAUUUGGAAGCAUGAAUUGAUUGAGUACAAUCCGUUGCAAAUCGAUUUUGUGUUGGAUGCGAGCCGUUAGUCACUGGGGCUUGUGGCCUAUAUACCUGGCAUCACACUGCCACUGAAAUGCAUAUCCCAUAUUACUCAUUGUGAUUCCAUGAGUUGACUACUGGACAUUCUUGAUGCAAUUCCUUUAAUUUUUGUGAAUCAUUAUAAGCUGUGAACAAAUUGAAUAAAUAAUUUUUCAUACA